AACCAAACACAGCUAAAGUUAGUCUCCUCUUAUGGGUUGUUUUCAUGAAAUGAUGAAAGCUGGCAUGGUGCUUGUUUUUUGCAUUGCGGAAGUAACUAUUCAAACUUCAUAAUGUUUUAAUGAGAUGUUGAAAGGCAUAAUCCUUUUAUACCAUGUUCACCUAAGCCGUUAGCAUGGGUUAAUAAUUGAUCCGACGUUAACGUCGUGCUGUUACUCCACUCGCUUUGGGUGCGAGAAGUCCCGAGUUCGAUCUUGGAGCCGCACAUCCUUUAUUCAACUUUUCAAAUGCUGUUGUUUUCCCCAACUACCCUUUGUUAAAACUGAUUGAAGAGGCAACAUCGCUCUGUACAAUUUCGCAGUUGUUCUUCGUUUGUCUUUGUCAUUAACACCAGGUUUAGCUCUCUAUUUCUCCAAUUCCUUCUAAUUUGGUUCUUACAAAAACACCUAGCUGUUAUACUUCAAAUUGGCAUACAAUUUUUCAACUUGUGGACAGUUCGAGCAACACCGUUUUGAGGGUGUUGUUUGUAAGAUGUUGAGGCAAGCAAUAGGGAAGGUUUUGAGCGAAAGGGUAGUUACAAAUUCUGGAGAUAAGCUUCUUUUGCCUUGCUUGUACUUGCCCACAAGUUCUUUUCGUGCUGGACAGGUUCAUAGUGCACCAAGAAGCUUUUUCGGAGUAGAGGAUUUUCUUGAUGAUGAUAAUAGCAGGCCAUACACUUAUCAGAAGGAGAAGAAGUCAAAGAAUCCAAACAAACAUGUCUCGUUUAAACAACGGACUGUAGCCUACAUGGAGCCAUUUUCACUUGACGUCUUCAUCUCAAAGCGCUUUGUUUCUGCUUCGCUUACUCAUAGAGUGACAAGUAAGCAGGUUGCUGUUGCUGGCACAAACUCAAAAGACAUUAAAGCCGUACUCAGAUCCAGAUCAGAUAUUCCUGCUUGCUUGGCAAUCGGGCGGAUAUUAGCUGAGAGGGCAAGAGAAGCAGAUGUAUAUACUGCUUCUUACACUCCCAGGGAGAGGGACAAAUUUGAAGGAAAAAUCAGAGCAGUGGUUCAGUCCCUCAUCGAUAAUGGAAUCGAUAUUAAAGUUUAUCUUGACUGAAUAAGGUGGAUUCAAUUUUUGAUAUUGCUCUUUUCUCAACCUUCAGGAAGAUGUUUCCUGUUGCUUUAGCUUUGUGAAUAUGAUUGAAUUACUACCAUAUUCAGGGUAUGAAAACAAUGUGACUGUUGCAUUUCUAUACCUUAUUCUGUAGUGGUAUACUUUUGUUGUAUUUCCCAGUUCUGGCAGUGACUACUUAAAACCAAGGGUAGGGCAAGCCAAAGUUUUAUACCAACUACUUAAAGUGUGCUUUCUUUUUC